UGUGGCCCGGGCAACCAAAACGAAAAUAGCCAUACGAUACUGUUGCUUGUACUUCACAGCCAGCCUCUAACGAACUGCAAGCAAAGUGUGGAAGCAGCGAGUCAGACGAAUUCGACGCGUGCAGAAAAAUGGGCUUCCUACCCCAUGUAAAUAAUAUAAGAGAAACUUUUUCGGACACGGAAAGUUUUUAAGUACGCUCUAAACGAAGACUGGUCUCAUAAGAUGGUGUAAUACGGUAUGGCCUUAUAAGUUAUGGUCUACUCAACAUAUGUUGACGAAAGCCAAACAAGUGCCUUUAGCAACGCUAACAAACCUGGCAACCAGCACCCCAGCAGCAGCUGUGCAGCCCCCCCUUACCAGCAGACCUAUGUAAUUGGAGUCAACCUUGGCCUUGCACACCCCUCCACUAUCAGCCCCACAUUCAGGCCAGCAGUCACCCGCACUUCCUGUGGAACUCUCAGUGAGCAGGAAGCAGAAGUGUCACUGCUGCCUCGGGGCUCGGUCGCUCUGACAGAGCUGCACCGCGAGCUACCAGGAGGGCCGUCGGAGAACCAGGCCAGAGGCCAGCUGAGGGAAGACCACAGCCCAGAAGAGAGGGGGCGGUGGGUGGACACCAGCAAGGCAGAAGGUGCCCCAGGAAGUCCCUGUUGGCAGCGAGAUAAGUUUCGAGACGGAGGAAGGAGGGAGGAGGACGUGAAGGAGGACAGCGGAGAUAAAUACUUGUCCGACUGCUCCCUACUGCCAUGUGGGCGGAAACGUGAGGCUGAUUGCCCAGGAGGGAGAGCCAUGCAGAUAGUGGAGGACGUGUCCAUGCUACCUGCUGCCAUGUUGCAAACUACCGCUGGGAACACGAACGCUGUCGACGUGGAAGGAGGAGCUCCCAAGCAGGGUGGCACCGUGCCGGGGACCGGGGUCUGCUCCAGGCCCGGGGCCGGGGACGGAGACUACCAGCUGGUGCAGCACGAGGUGCUAUGCUCCACCAAGAACAGUUACGAGGUGCUGGAGUUCCUGGGCCGCGGGACCUUCGGCCAGGUGGUGAAGUGCUGGAAGAGGGGCACGGGGGAGGUGGUGGCCGUGAAGAUCCUGAAGAACCACCCGUCGUACGCGCGGCAGGGCCAGAUCGAGGUUGGCAUCCUGGCGCGGCUGAGCGGGGAGAACGCCGACGAGCACCACCUGGUGCGGGCUCUGGAGUGCUUCCAGCACCGCAGCCACACCUGCCUGGUGUUCGAGAUGCUGGAGCAGAACCUGUACGACUUCCUGAAGCAGAACAAGUUCAGCCCGCUGCCCCUCAGGGUGAUCCGGCCCAUCCUGCAGCAGGUGGCCACAGCGCUGAGGAAGCUGAAGAGCCUGGGCCUGAUCCACGCCGACUUGAAGCCGGAGAACAUCAUGCUGGUGGAUCCCUCCAGGCAGCCCUACAGGGUCAAGGUCAUCGACUUUGGCUCGGCCAGCCAUGUGUCCAAGGCAGUGUGCUCCACCUACCUGCAGUCACGAUACUACAGGGCUCCGGAGAUCAUCCUCGGUCUGCCGUUCUGCGAGGCCAUCGACAUGUGGUCGCUGGGCUGUGUGAUCGCUGAGCUCUUCCUGGGAUGGCCCCUCUACCCUGGGGCCCUGGAGUACGACCAGAUCCGCUACAUCUCCCAGACUCAGGGGCUGCCGGGGGAGCACCUGCUCAACGUGGGAACCAAGACCUCUCGCUUCUUCUGCAAGGAAUCCGACUCGCCCUACGCUGCCUGGAGGCUCAAGACCACAGAGGAGCACGAGACAGAGACCAGGCUGAAGUCCAAAGAGGCCAGGAAGUACAUCUUCAGCUGUCUGGACGACAUAGCCCACGUGAACCUGCUGCUGAACAUGGAGGGCUCGGACCUGCAGGCUGAGAAGGCCGACCGGAGGGAGUUUGUGAGCCUGCUGAGGACGAUGCUGAUGGUGGACGCCGAGCAGCGGAUCUGCCCCUCUGACGCCCUCAGCCACCCCUUCACCACCAUGCAGCACCUGCUGGACUUCCCCCACAGCAGCCACGUUCAGUUGUGUUUCCACAUCAUGGAUGCGUGCCAGGCCCGGCCCAACGCGUACGACACCCUGAACCGCAACAAGGCCUCCUUCUCCAGGCCUCCCAUCCCCUCCUCCACCUCCGGCCUGCCCCUGGCCUUCAACAGCAUGGCCCCUGUCCACUCCCAGGCCAUGAGGCAGUCAGCUCCCUCGGUGAUGCACUCUGGGAUAUCUCUGCAGACAGGAAGUGCCCAGUUUGGCUGCAACGACUCCUUCCAGCCCGCCCUCAUUCUCUGCCCACCGACCCUGCAAGGAAACCCCACCCAGGCCGGAGGCUAUGCAGUCAGGAUGGAGAACACCAUUCCCCUGGUGACCCAGGCCCCCCCCAUCCAGCCCUUACAGAUGAGGCCGGGGGUCAUUGCACAGCAGCCGUGGUCCAGCAGGGGGCAGCAGAUCCUGGUGCCGGCCUGGCAGCAGGUGGCCCCUCCCAGCUCCCUGGCCUCAGACGGCGGCCCGCAGAGAAUCAGCGACUGGGGGAGAGUCCGGACCCACAGCAGCCAUUACAACACUGUCAUGCAGCAGCAGCCGCUCCUGACCAAUCAGAUUACGGCCAUGUCCGCGCCGCAGCCAAUCAACAUUGGCGUGGCACACGUGGUGUGGCCCCAGCCCUCGUCCAACAAGAGGAACCGAGCCAGUCACAGCAGGAGUGUGAACGCCGCCCACCAUAACGACGUCCACAUCUCCAUGUGCCGGACACCCAAGACGGCCGACGGGCUCGGCCCACAGGCCGGAGGGGAGUUACCUCACAGGGCGGGGCCCGCCGUGGAGCUGGCUGUGGAGGAGGAAGUGAAGCCGGUUGUCCCACGCGGCGAGGAGGAGGAUGUAAGCUGCUGUAAGACCAGCCCAGACUCUGACCACCAGCAUCAUCACCACCAUCAGCAGCAGCAGCAGCCGCAACAGAACCACCACCACCACCACCACCACCAGCAGAGAGAGAGCGUUGUCAUCGGUGACAUGCCCAGCCCCGCCCCCAGCGUGAUCAGCAUCAGCAGCGACACAGACGAGGAGGAGGAGUCAGACCACAGGUGCAAAGAGAGCCCUGACUGCGAGGCGUGUAAGGGUGGUCUGGACAUGGAGAGGGUGUGUUCUCUCAGCAGUCCAGACAGCACCCUCAGCUCCGGCUCGUCCGCCUCCGCCUCGCUGCAGUCCAGCCCCGAGCUCCGCAAGAGGCCCAACAGCAUGUCAGAGGAUGACGGGCACGAGAGCGGCUGUGACACUGUGGAUGAGGGCUCGCCGGACUCGUCCCACAGCCCCUACCUCGACCCCCAUUACCUGGGCAACCACAACCACCCGGCCAUCGCACGCCUGGCCCCUUCCACCCAGCCUGGGAGACCCCGCGUGAGGACCAUGGUGGUGCCACCCAUGAGGGUGCAGAACUCCAGAACAGCCUCAGAAUCCUCGUCCCAGUCCAGAGGGCGCUGCGCCCCCAGACAGAACCCCCCGCCUGCCCUCUUCCAGCCCCGCCAGCAGAAGAUGGUUUUCCAGCAGCAGCCUCCGAGCCUCGGCCAGGUGCAGCAUUACGGCUCCUGUCACAAAGAGUGGAACGGCAACUUUGGCCCCCGCCGACCUCACGCCUACAUCCCUCCCACGGCCCACGGCCACGCCUUCACCCUGCCCCACGCCAGCCCCACCCACACCUCGGGCCCGCCCCCCUCCCACACCCUGCUGUCCUACCCUCCCUCCGGCCCCGCCCUGGCCCACCUCCUGGCUUCUCCAGCCUGCGGCUCGCGGCCCCUCCUCCAGCACGCCUACGGGCUCUCCCACCCCGGUGGCAUGGUGCACCAGGUCACCCUGGGGCUCACCGCGCCCCACCGUUUGCUCCCCUCGCCCACCGUGUCCCACCACCACCACCACCCCCACCACCAUCCCCCCCCGCAGGGCCCGUUCAAGACCCUGUUUCCCCCUCACUCCUACAUGGCCUCGCCCGGAUAUACAGGCUUCCCCCUCAGCCCCACCAAGCUCACCCACCACCAGUACUCCUACAUCUGAGGCCAGAGCUCAGGUCCUGGGCUGAGCUGGCUGGCCAGCGCUGAGGAGGAGGGGGAGGAGGAGGAUGGAGGACAAGGACACGUGGCAUACUCAUCUGCCAUCAUGUCCGAGUCAGGACAUGACACAGCAAGUGUGGAACGUACAGGACUGUUUGACAAACAUGUCUGUCCUGGCAAGAGGAACCAUCAAUUCAAUCAGAAGCUUUAAAACAAAACUAUCCAUCGUCAAAUAGGAAUGAAUGAGGGGGGAGGGAGAGAAUCACUUUAAUGUGUUUUUUACACAUUUGCUAUAUUUUGUCAUAUUCGAUCAAAUGCCCCACCUAUAAAUAGGGUUUGAUUUUAAAUGUGUGAUGGGGGUGUUGUCGGUCAUCACUGUCUGUAUUGCCUUCUAGCACCUGUGCUAGCCAGUCACAUCUCUGCCCACUCCAUCCUCUGUUACUCCAUCCCACUCUUCAUCCCAGUCACAUCUCUGCCCACUCCAUCCUCUGUUACUCCAUCCCACUCUUCAUCCCAGUCACAUCUCUGCCCACUCCAUCCUCUGUUACUCCAUCCCACUCUUCAUCCCAGUCUCCACAGCUAUCUGUGUGCAAUGUUGUAACAUGUCCCCCCCCAGCGAACUGCAUGUGCAACGCUGUAACCUAUAACCCCACAGCUAUCUCUGUGCAACAUUAUAACCUGCCCCCCCUUACCAGCUAUCUGUAAAUGUAACGUUAUGAGUCGUCGUCCCCGACACACACAGCUAUCUGUACAUGCAUCACACCUGUCCCUAUACCUACUAGUGCCUUAUAUAUGGGAUUGUUGUUGAUGACUUCAGAGGUAUAAAGUUCAGUAUGGAACAGCUCUGUACUACAGCACUUGAACUUCAGACAAGAUCUGAGAAUCUCCCCCCCCCCCCCCCACCCAAGCCCUUCUUCCUUCAGCCUGUUGUGUUUGAGAAGACAUGGGUCUUCACUACAGUUUAAUGUCACUGUUUGGGGAUGGUGCGCUUCGGCAACCUGAUGAUUGGGUGUUGACUCCCCCGCAUGAGUUUUGUGUACAUAAACGAAACAUGAACGCCGUCAUAUUUGAUAAUCGAUAGUUCUAGUCACUAUGAGUACUUAAUUACUAACAGUAUUGACACUGUUGAUUGAAACUGCAGUACAAUCUAGAUCGGGCGUUGGUUUGCUGUGUUGAUGUUCUACUGCUCCCCGUGUUUAGUUUGACUGGUGUCAGGUAUCGUGUUCAUACCUGAGCGGAAUGCCUUUCUGAUCUCCCAUCUCCUCAGUGUUUGAAUGAUCAUCUAUUGACCUGCCUGCAGUACUAUCACCAUCGCUUAUAGUCCACGUCAACUGCUCAUUUCAUACAUUCCGUCAGGGAGGAAAUGUUUGUGUUUCUGUGUAUUCGUUUUUAUUUCGCCUGCUAGUGUUUGAGCAGUAGGAAAAUGUCAAACAGAAAUGCUUUGUUUUAGCACCAAAGACUGUAAAUCAUUUCCUAAGCAAGGUGGUAGCUAAUCCUUAUUUCUCUAUUGACCUCAAGUAUACUGUAGUUGUAGACAGAAUAUAUUAAGAGAAAUAUAUUUUAAAAUGGUUGAGGUUUAUUUUUUAGCUUUUUGGUGAGUUGUAUCUGGAAUGUAUUAUUAUAGAUGAGCUGCUAUAUACUGAUUGCCACUUCUAAUAGCUGUGAAUUUAGGGGGUGAAUCUAGUUUGUUUUGUGCUUUCUUAAUUUUCUUUAUUUCUCGCGUAAUUAUCUAAUAAAUAGAAGUGGGUAUUAUUUUAGUAUUGAAAGGCAUUAGGAUGUUAGUGCCUCUAUUUGCUUUGAUGUUUGAAGUGUGAUUGUAACUACUGUAUUGCAAGUUAUUGACAUAUUUGUGUUUUUUUUUAUUUGUUUAUCUUAUUAUUUUGUUUUGGUGUGUGUGCAUUUAAUUUAGCAUCAGUAUUUUAUCUUGACUAUAAGUUGGGCUCAUCCUUGCAUACAGUACCCAAUGUGUUGACCUAUGUCGCUUUUAGUUAUUUCAGUGACAGUUCUUUCUAGAUAGUAAAAAAAAAGAAGAAAAGGCAGCAUUUGCAUAGUGAUUGGCAGAAUUGAACAUUUGACGCCAUGCCGUUUCUAGAGCUGCACCUCUCCAGCUGGACCUGUCCUUUAAACUGGCUCCAGAGAUGCCUUCACCUGACAUAACAAGCACUUGGCUGCACCCUCAGGAGCAUGUUUCCUAAACCCAGAUCAGGGCUGGUCUUGGUUUCCAUCCCACCUGUCAUCCCAGCAGCCAGGACUGGUAUUCAUCAGAAACCUUCCCACAGUAUCCUAACCUAGUGCCUUUCAAGGUGACUGGUUCAGACUAGUUGCCGAUCAUCUGUCUCCCCUCCCCCCGUUGAGACGAAUUAGAUUGCAUGAGGUCUUAAUGAUGCCACAUGACUUUUCUAUAGGCUCCUACACAGAUACAAAGUCAGGGAAUAUUUGUACACUCCUUACUAAAGACACGUUAUGCUCCACACACAUAUACACACACACAACACGUCUGUCUUUUGAGCAGUUUUACAACGGGAUGUUUGAAUCAAGACUCCCAAGAGACGUUCUAAAAACCUGAAAGAUUCUAGAACUGCUUCCCUUUCCAGACUGUGGGGAUGUGAACCCAGCUUUACACAAAUGCAAAUGCUUUAUGUACACUGUGAAUGUAUUUGUUGAAGUUGAACUGUGUUGGGUUUUCAGAAGCGUCUUCGUGUCUUGUUGCUGUGAUCGAUGGCUAAGCCGAUAAUCCAUUUCUGUAUUUAGACAACUAUUAGUAAGUGUAUGCAGCUGUCGCUAUAGCAACAUCCGCUCGGGUGAGGUAACAUUUGUUGGUGUCUUGCUUCAACCAUCGAAGUACACAAAGAUUAGGUCCAAAGUUACUCAAUAUUCAUCGGUCUCCGUAUGUAAUCUGUAUUGUAUUAUUUUAUUGUAUUAUGAUUUUACGAUUUGAAUUUGCUAUGUUUAAUUCAGGGUCUUUCAUGAAUCUUUCUAAUAUGCUCUUUUGAAUUAAUUAUUAAUCCUUACCACUUGGUUUGAUUGCUUUUGGAUCUGGUUUGCAGUAAUUUCACCUGCUUAGUGAAAGUGAUAGCUACCACACUCUUCAGGUAUUGGAUAAUAUAUGUAGACUACACAAACAUGUAGACUUGAUUGCUAAAAUUGACCUGUUACUGUUUUAAUGUGUAUUUUUUUGUGGCUUUAUGAUCAUGAUUUGUUUGCUUUUGAUUUUAUGCUACGCUAGUUUACCAUGUAGCAACUGCACUGUGCAAUAUAUAUGAUAUGAGGACUGGGGUCAAAUGUUUUGGAUGUAAUGUCUCUUACAGUUUGCGGCUGUAUUUUGCUCUAGUAGUUCUCAGUGAUUUCAAUGUGACCAAGCCUUAUGUACUUUGUCACAAAAGCGGGUUUUUCCUGGUGACUAUAUUGGUGAGUGUCAAAUUGAGAAUUGAUGGUGUACUAUUGUCAAGAUUCACUUUGAAUAAAAAAAAAAGCCUUGCUUCAUU